AUGAUUCCUAUCACAGGCCUCCAAGCUGUCCCAGACACAGCCCCUAUAGGUUUAGAGACGGCAUCUUCCUACAAGCUUCCUGACGACUUCCAACAAAGUACCGAGCCUUCCAGCAGAUUCCUCGAUGACCUCAACACUAGCCUGGUGCAAAAACACAUCAGUGAGAUGAGUCGGAGGGCUGAUCUGUCAGGUAAAAUGUUCACCUUCCCACAAGAAACCAACACAGCUCAUGUAAGGCUGACUACAUCAAGACAAGUUUUGAGCGCUGUAACCGUCUGUCUCAGGUCCUUUACAGAUCUUCGUAGAACCCACUCUCUUUUCUCUUUGGCCACACCAUCUGCUUUCAAUGACUUUUUGAUUUUCAAGAGAUCUGCAAACCAUGAGAUUGAGCUCUAUGGCAGGGAUCACUUGGUAGUAUUUGGAGAACAGGACUACAAACUGAACAUGUGGCACUCUAUCUGUUCCACAUGGGACUCUGCCUCUGGACUGGGGCAGCUGUGGUUAGAUGGAAAGCCCUCGAGUAGGAAAUUCACCAGGUCUGGAUCAAACAUCAACGGACCCAUUAUAAUUGUUUUAGGACAGGAACAGGAUUCCCAUGGUGGAGCGUUUGACAUCAACCAGUCGUUCGUUGGCAUGCUGUCUGAUCUCCACAUGUGGGACUACGUCAUUUCCCCCUGUGAGAUCCAGAAAUAUGUGGAUGAUCUAAAUUUCACCCCAGGGAAUGUGCUCAACUGGAAUCAGCUGUGGUUCCAGACCAUAGGAAGGGUGCUGAUAGAAGAUAAACAGAACUGUCGAUAAAGUCACAUUAAGAAGUUGGAAACAGAACCUUAAGUGAUGGUUCAAACAAAGUUUUACAAAUCAGAAAAC